AUGGCCCCAGAUGGGUUACGAGUAGCAUCGCGCAGGCAUGCUCGCAAGCCCACCACAGCGAGGAGAGCGAGGCGGUCACAUUCAACAUCCGCCUCUUCACUGCCUCUAGUCCGCCAGUUUCGAUCUCAAGGCGAAUCGCUCUUUCAGCGUCAUGGACGCUGGAUCUCCAAGCACCAGAUACGGACCUUGCUUCUCUGUUCGCUCGUCAUCACUUCGCUCUUCUAUCCCGCAGUCGGAAUCUACUUUUGGGCGUCCAAAGGCGGCCCCGGCGUGUCCAGAGGCGAUGCCAAGAGUGUCUGGAGAUCGCUCAGUACCCCUUUCAUGGACUCGUUUGCUAGCAGCGGCCGCAAGCAUGUCAACAGCUUGAGCGACCUCCGCAUGAUCUGGGACGAUGCACGCGACCUCCGAGCCAUCGACGUCAGCGAUGCCAAGGUGCUCCUCGAUCAAAGAGCACGUCAAUCUCCAUCGACUACCGACGCUACAGCACCUGCUUUCUCGCGCCCGCGCUGCCAAUCUAUUCGCGUCGAACAUGUCUUUGUCACCACAGACGACGUGAUGGCGGGCAGAGGUCCUCGAUUCGGCGUUCUCGAGAAACGUAUUCUCAAUUCUGCACUCCAGCUGCAAAGUUCAAUCGAGUCAGAGAUUCGUAAGGACGUCGACGAGGACGCACCUGAGCAAGGCCUGUUCUGCAUACAAGCACGCAGUUCCUUUCCUGGCCGGUCAGCAUCUAUUGGCAAGGCCCUCUCAGCGAACACUGAGCCUGCUGCUUGUCUCACACUAUCACCGCUAGAGUAUUGGAACAUGGACUCGCAGGCCAUCCUCCAAGACGCUGAUCCCGCCCACGUUGUCGCUCAAUCCUCGCGCAACCGGACCAGAUUAGGCGCGCCCCUGUCUCCCUCCACCACACUUGCGGGCCGAUGGCAUUUGUUCAAGCGACUGCCUCGAGCCGAGUAUCUCGCCUUCACCUUCUUCCUCCGCGACGACGGUCCGAACUCGUGCUCACAAACGCGUGCCUCCCAGUCCAUCGCGCGACCGAGUCUCCCAUCUGAUGACGGCACCACUGCGGGCGAUGACAGCUGGCACAAGCUCCUUGCUCGGGUCACUGGAGGCCAGGUGCGUCUGAUCCCAUCAGUAGAAAACAUCUCGCACAGCCUCGUGCUUCAGUUUGCUCCGGAUACACCCGGGUCCAAGCGCAGGCCUACCCACGUCUUCCUCUUGACCGCCUACGCCUUUGUCAUCAUCUACAUCUCGCGUGGCCUCGUCAAGUUGCGCAAAGUACAUUCACGCUUCGGUCUUGCAUUUACCGGCACCACCCAGCUCAUCAUCAGCAUGAUCAUGAGUGUCAGCAUCUGUGCGCUCCUCGGCAUUCGACUCACCCUCGUUCCAUGGGAGCUGCUCCCCUUUGUCAUCGUCGUCGUCGGCUCCGAGAACAUGUACAGUCUCACCAAGGCGAUCGUCGACACGCCGCUGUCCCUCACCGUAUCGUCGCGCAUCGCGCAUGGCUUGGGCAAGGUCGGCGUUCCCAUCACCUUGACUACGCUCGCCGACAUCCUACUCCUCCUCGUCAUCGCUCUCUUCAUCGGCGUGAGGGCGGUGCGCGAGUUCUGCGUGUUUGCAAUCUUUUCCCUCAUCAUGGACUGGUUCCUGCAGAUGACCUUCUUCGUCACCGUCCUCAGCAUCGACAUGCAACGUCUCGAACUGGCCGACCUUCUAACCCAAGGCACCCGACUCAGCAGAAAGCAGGAACCGCGUUCACAUUCGCACGACAGCACCAUGAACGGCCAGAGCGGCGGCAGCGAGAAUGCCGAUUACGACUCUCAUUCGGAUGGCAAGAGACGCACCGGCGCCGUAGGAGCUCACUCCUUGUCCGGCAACCUUGUCGUUGCAGCACUAUCCAAGGUGUGGAAGGCGAGGACCGCGAGAACGGCCAGUCUCACCCUCAUCCUGGUCUACAUGGGCGGACUCUAUCUCUACUACGGCACCGGAUAUCCCAGCCAGCAGCAAACCAACUACGUGCUUCCAGAUGGAUGGGAUGCCGUCCGUCAGCCACCGACUUCGGCAAGCACCUUCGAUCCGUUUGGACACCUCGACACCCAGCUGCAUCCCUCGCUGCCGUGGUGGACCUCGUCACCAAGCGCCGAUUUGUGGACAUCACUCAAUCCGAUGGGCGCGCAAGAGCUGCGUCUCGACGUCAAGCCAUGGACUAUCCUCUCGCUUCGAUCGUCGACCGAGGGAGAGCUUCCACCGUCCAAAGCCACGUUUGCGGGCUGGGCCCUGUUCCGUCCUCGCAUCCGCGCCGUCGUCUGGUUUGCUAAACUCGUCAUCCUCCCCAUUUCUGGAACCACAGCUUUGCUCUGGCUGCUGCUGCUUUACCUGCUCAAAGAUACUGAGCUGCUAGACGCGCAACGAGACAAGUCCGAAGCGGAUCCUUCCGAGGAUUCGAACAGCUCGACCGCUUCCUCGCCAGCGCCGUCUCUGACGCCAAAGACAGCCAUCGUCGCCAAUGCUCAUGCUUGCGACAUCGACUUUCUCGUACACGAUGACGGGUUCGCAGCCUCGAUCGAUAACGGCGGUGGCAUCCACGUAUGGAGACUUGAUAGCGCCAGUGCUGCAAAACAAGAUACGGUGCGAAGCAGCAGCAUUGGGCGAGCGCGUUCAGGACUUUCGGUUGAUCAAAGCACCGUGUCAGCAUUUGCGCUGUCAGCCAAAGCAGGUUGGGUGGCCGUUGGACAUGCAUCUGGCAGAGUCUUGUUCCUCUCAAUCGAAACUCUGGAGCCGAUCUGGGACCACCUCGCAGAUGGUUCGGCCUCAGCCGUCACCAGCCUGACGCUCCAGCAUCAAGAUUCAAUGCACAAGCUCGACUCUGUUGUGGCACUUUCGGCUCAACGCGACGGCACCAUCCGCGCGUGGAACGUGGCCCGCAAAGAGGCCAAGCUGGUAGCUUCGCGAACUCAGCUCGACUCUCGCCUGCGCUGGCGGUCCUUGCCGGUGCUCGCAGGUCAUAGCAAUCAUUCCAGCAGCAGCAACGGUAUCAGCACGCAUUCCGGCUCAGCAAUGUCUCGAACUCCUUUGAUUGGGUUCACCACCACUGACGGCCAGUUUCACAUCAGAGCCGUGGAAGCGGGAGGCGCCAGCGCCAAGACGGUCUUUACACUCGGUCUCGAGAAUCGAGGGCACGUCUGCUCGGCGCUGCUCUGCCAAGUAUUGAGUCGAACGCCGUCGGGGCAGGAGACGCCGCUCAUCAAGAGCACUCUCCUCCUCGGAUUUGCUAAGGGUAGAGUGCAGCUGAUCGACUUUGAAACUGCUGAAAGCAUCAGCAGCGUCGACUUGGAUGAUGGGAGCGUCACUGGCCUGUCGACGAUUGACGCUGGCGACGCAAGUACCCCCGCGUUCAUCGCACAGACGACGGGCCGAGCAUCUCUGCUCUUUAUCUCGACCGGAGCCACAGCUGCAGCAGCAGCAGCGAUGGAGAAGAGCGGAUCGAUGCACAGCAACUUGGGCGCAGUCACAUCGAGCUCGCCGCUCCGCAUCCGCACUCCGAACGGCUCGAGCUCCAAUGCGGCCAGCUUCUGGGCAGACGUCUCGACGCCGCCAAGUCCAGCCGCGGAUCUGGCGAAUCCUCUGUCCUACCCCAUGUCUUCGCACGGGUCUGCGUCGAGGCUGCGUCGCGCAAGUGCACACCUUCGCGAUCGCAGCGGCACCAGUGGGCUUGGCGAAGGCAGCACGAAUCAGUCGAUAGCUGCCUCCUCAAGCCUUUCGGUCUCUGUGAAUGUGCCUCCGCCCAGCAAUGCUACCCAUAACGCAGACGAUCGCCAGCUGAGACUGCUCGGCUGGGUUCGGUGCCAGCGGGGCGGAAGCUUUACCUCGGGAGCGGGAAGCUUGCUCCUUGGCGUCGGACGAGCGCAACGUAGCUGGGGCCAGAGCCGAUGGGAGUGGUGGGCUAUGGACCUACGGGAAGAGCUGGUGCUUGGACGUGGUGGAGAACUGAUUGUGCCACGCCACCCGCUACUUCUCGAAUCGGAUCAUGCUAGCCCUCACCUGUCAAACCAGCGGCCAAGAGCUGACAGACGGUCGCAGGACUUGUCAUUCGACGAUGUCCUGUCAUUCUCGCGCUUGCACCCCGUUCGAGGUUUGGCAACGUUGCAGCACCAGGAGACUGCACUUGCGUUCGGCUUUGGUGGCUCGAUCGGCUUGCUCUGCGUCACGUCCAAGUCGACCUGA